UGUGUUUAGAGAGAAGAAAGGCUGUCAGAUACCAAAAUAUCCCACAUCCUUCCCUCCCUCUUCCCGCUUUUAGAUUCUUGCCAUAUACUCCCUCCCUCCUCCAUUACUGCCCCUCUCUUGAAACUUUAAAACCUUUCAUCUUUUCUGUAUUUAUUAAACAUAUCUAUACAUACACAAACAUAUACGCACAGUAUAUAUAUAUAUUAGCGCCUUUCUCUUCUUCUGUAUAUUCCCAUGGCUUCUUUUCUCUCACUACUUUUCUUUGCCGCCGUCUUCACCGUUUUCCUCUUCCUCCUCCGGCGGAGCCGCUACCGGAAGCUCCAUCUGCCGCCGGGGAGCUUAGGCCUGCCUUUUAUCGGCGAGACGCUUCAGCUCAUCUCCGCCUACAAGAGUGAGAACCCGGAGCCUUUCGUCGACAAGCGGGUGAACCGGUACGGGGCGAUAUUCACGACGCACAUAUUUGGGGAGCCGACGGUGUUCUCGGCGGACCCAGAGACGAACCGUUUCAUUCUGCUGAACGAGGGGAAGCUGUUCGAUUGUAGCUACCCCGGUUCGAUAUCGAACCUUCUGGGCAAGCACUCGCUUCUGCUGAUGAAAGGUGGCCUUCACAAGAGAAUGCACUCGCUCACCAUGAGCUUCGCAAACUCCGCCAUCAUCAAGGAUCAUCUCUUGGUCGAUAUAGACCGGCUGAUCCGGCUCAACCUGGAUGCCUGGACCGAUCGGGUCUUCCUCAUGGAGGAGGCCAAGAAGAUAACGUUCGAGCUAACGAUGAAGCAACUGAUGAGCUUCGAUCCGGGGGAGUGGACGGAGAGUCUGAGGAAACAGUACGUGAUGGUGAUCGAAGGCUUCUUCACGCUGCCUCUGCCUCUCUUCUCCGCCACCUACCGCCGAGCCAUCAGGGCCAGGACUAAGGUCGCCGAGGCCCUCACGCUCAUCGUCAGGGAGCGCAGGAAUGACAAUCGCGCCAGAUCCGACAUGCUCGGGGCACUCAUGGCCUCCGGCGACCACUUCUCCGACGAGCAGAUCGUUGAUUUCAUGAUCGCCUUGCUCGUCGCCGGCUACGAGACCACCUCUACCAUCAUGACCCUCGCCGUCAAGUUCCUCACCGAGACUCCUCUCGCUUUGGCUCAGCUCAAGGAAGAGCAUGAUCAGAUCAGAGCGAAGAAGGGGGAUGCAGAAGCUGCUGUGGAGUGGAGUGAUUACAAGUCAAUGGCGUUUACUCAAUGUGUUGUGAAUGAGACUCUGCGCAUGGCUAACAUAAUCGGUGGGAUUUUCAGGAGGGCCAUGACGGACGUCAAUAUAAAAGGUUAUACAAUUCCUAAGGGGUGGAAGGUGUUUGCAUCAUUCCGUGCUGUGCAUCUGAACCCAGACCAUUUCAAAGAUGCUCGAACCUUCAAUCCAUGGAGGUGGCAGAAUAACUCGGAAGCAGCAAGCCCAGGAAAUGUAUAUACACCAUUUGGAGGAGGGCCAAGGCUGUGCCCUGGCUAUGAGCUUGCUAGGGUUGUUCUCUCUGUCUUCCUUCACCGCAUGAUCACUCGUUUCAGGUGGGAAGCAGCGGAGGAAGACAAGGUGGUGUUUUUUCCAACAACGAGGACGCAGAAGAGGUAUCCAAUCAUAGUGAAGCGCAGAGAAAGAGGGCCGACGAGAUUGUAAAGUGCAAUGAACAGCACCUAACAUCCUUGAAAAAGCCACCUACUCGUCUCUGCAACUUCCCAAAUACCCGCGCUCCAUCCACAUUUCCUGUAUACUCGUGGCGGACGCUCGGUUGCACCUACUUAACCAUGCAUGUGUGUGUGUUUUAUGGUAUAUGUUAUACAAGUGGCAUGUGUAUUUAUGGUAUUGAGUUUGGGGCCACGAUCUCCUUUUUUUCUUAAUCCACUGUAAUUACUUUAAUAUUGUGUAAUUUCUUUCAUUGUAAACAUAAUUUUUACCAAAAUAAUUUUAUUAUUGUUAUAACUUGUGGUAUUAUAAUUUUUUAGUUUCUCA